AUGGCGCGUUCUCCUCUAGCUUCCUCACUUGUGGCGGUACUGCUUGUAACCGCGCUAUUCGCAUCAUGCGCACAGUCUAGACUCGUCUCCAACGGACUGCUCGGGAACCGCAUCCCGAACCGACCAGCUCAAGUCACCAGCACCAUCACUAGUACCGUGUCCGACCUAAAAAACGCGCUGCAAGCGCAAGUCAGUUCAUUGGAAGGGGCGCUGACGCAAUCGCUCAACAAGCUUGCAACCGCGUUGAACGACAACGCAUCCGCGGCGACAUUGGCACUUCAAGCGCAGAUAUCCGCCAUCCAGAGCAGCAUAGACUCUCUCAACGCACGCAUUGCGAACCUCGACCUUAUUCUAUACCUUAGAAUCACGCGACCCGGCGGCGUUGCUCCCCAGACGACUCCUGUCGCACUCCAGUCGCACAUCUUGUCGCUAAAAGGCAGCAUCCCCGCUCUCAACAAGCGCGCUACAUCGCUCACCACAGACCUGGCUAGCAUCCUCCCCAACCUCCGCGCAUUGCUGAGUCAGCGAGUGGCGGCGCUCAGUGAGAGGGUGGGUGCACUGAAUCUGGACGUGUCGGCGCUCGCUGCGCAGGUGGACGCGCUGAUCGCCCCGCUGAGUGACGCCCUUGGCGUGGCGGACCUCGUGGCUCUGCUGCCGCACCCAGCAGGCAUGCUGCGUGGCGGGCUCACCUCGGGCUCGGCGUACGCAGUGGCAUACCAGCUGGUGGCGACAGGCAUGGCGGAGGCACCGCAGGCGGCGGCCAUCUACAGCGGUAACAGCACGUGCGGCUAG